AUGGCGGAAAAUCUAAUUGAUGGCAAUGGGUGCAUUCGACUCGGCGUGAGCCAAGGAUUCAGGGGGAAAAAGUUCACAACUCUAGGACCCGGGCCCAGCCCGAGAGCUCCCCCCGCUUGGGUGCAUGCCAGCUGGGUAGGAAAGGGAGCUUCCCUGGGGCCCGGAGGUUGGCUCCAGGGACUGAGGCCCAGGGGGAGCAGGGAGCCAGGCCCGGUCCAGAAGCUCCCCCCAUUAGGGUGUGUGGAAGUCGUGGAAGACCGCUGGCUUCCCUGGGGCCUGGAGGUUGAAUUGUAUUUUCUUGGAUUAUGCAUGAUUUCACUUUUUUUUGUGCAAAUUGUUGCGGACUCCAGCUGCAAACUCAAGGCGAAAUUCAACCUCAGUGGAUACAAGGACGUAGAGAAGAAAAAAGUAGUUAUCGGAGGAAUGUUCCCAGUUCACAACCGGCUCGCCUCCUCUGACAGCAACACCUCAUCGGUUCCCGUGUCGUCAGGAUGUGAAGGGUUUAAUUUUCGUACUUUUCGCUGGGCACAGACCAUGCUCUUUGCCAUUCAUGAAAUCAAUGGAAAAGAGGACCUGUUGCCAAAUACAGACCUGGGCUAUGUCAUCUAUGACUCCUGCUUCACCAUAUCCAAGGCAGUGGAGGGAACCUUGACAUACCUCACUGGGCAGGAUGAAGCUGUGCCCAACUACCGUUGUGGUGAUGGGGCCCCACUGGCUGCUCUGGUGGGUGCAGGAGGCUCUGACCUGUCCAUUGCUACCUCCAGGAUCCUGGGCCUCUACUACUUCCCACAGGUAAGCUAUGAGUCUUCCUGCUCUGUGUUGGAAAGCAGGUUCCAGUACCCUACCUUCUUACGGACCAUUCCCAGUGAUGAGCACCAGUCUGUGGCCAUGGCCCAGCUAGUACUGCAUUUUGGCUGGACCUGGGUGGGCACCAUCGCCGCUGAUGAUGACUAUGGUAAAUAUGGCAUCAAACGCUUCAGAGAGGUGGUGGAGGAGGCUGGCGUCUGUGUGUCCUUCUCUGAAACACUACCCAAAGUCAGCUCACCAGAGGACAUCCAGCACAUCGUUCAGACAGUGAUAGAGUCCACUGCCAAAAUUGUAGUGGUCUUCUCCUCUGAAGUGGACCUUAAUCCCCUAGUGGAGGAGCUACUGCGGCAUAAUGUCACCAACCGGACCUGGAUCGCCAGCGAGGCCUGGGUCACCUCCGCUCUGAUCUCUCACCAUCCUGGGGUGCUGAGCCUCCUCGGGGGGACACUGGGGUUUGGGAUCCAUAGGGCAGAAAUACCUGGUUUACAACGCUACCUACUGAACAUAGAUCCUUACGAAGAUCCACUGACGGAAGAAUUCUGGGAGACGGCCUUCAACUGCACCCUGGAUUAUGGGAAGGCAAUGCAGAAUGCCAGAGCCAGUGCCAUGGGAACAGGAGCAGUUUCCAGGAUUAUGCCAGAGGGACUGUGUACCGGUCAGGAGUCCCUGGAGCAACUGAAUAACACGUACUCAGACGUGUCACAGUUACGCAUCACAUACAGCGUGUAUAAGGCUGUCUAUGCUGUAGCUCAUGCUUUACAUAACCUGGAGCAUUGUCAGCCUGGGAAUGGGCCAUUUGAAAAGGGCAGCUGUGCAGACAUCACAAAAUUUGAACCCUGGCAGCUGAUGUAUUACUUAAAAAACCUGCAAUUUGAUGUUCCUCACACUGGAGAGACCAUAUUCUUCACUGACGGGGAAGUGGUGGGCCUCUACGAGAUCAUUAACUGGCAGAGCAAUGUAGAUGAUCAGAUCUCCUAUGUUCACAUCGGUUACUAUAACAGCACUGCACCCCCUGAGGAGAGAAUGAUUAUAAACAAUGACUCCAUCAUCUGGAACAACAACAUGCUGGAGGUGCCGCGGUCUGUGUGCAGUGAGAGGUGCCAGCCGGGCACCAGGAUGGGCAUACGGCAGGGAGAACCUGUCUGCUGUUUCGACUGCAUUCCCUGCACAGAUGGAGAGAUUAGCAACACCACAGAUGCCAGGGGGUGUAUCCAGUGCGAUGAGGAUUACUGGUCCAAUGCCAAUCAUGAUGCCUGCGUGCCUAAGACUAUUGAGUUCCUGGACUUUGGAGAGCCACUGGGCAUCACCCUGAUCGUCAUUUCGGCCUUUGGCGCUCUUCUGACUAUGGCAGUGGGCAUGGUGUUCAUCAUGCAUGUUGGCACCCCGCUGGUGCAGGCCAAUGACCCCCUGCUGAGCUUCUCCCUCCUGCUGGGCCUGGUGGUGACCUUUCUGUGUUCCAUCGUGUUUCUAGGAGAGCCUCAGCACUGGUCCUGCAUGACUAGCCAAGUGGCUCUGGCCCUUGGCUUUGCCCUGGUGCUCUCAUCACUCAUAGGCAAAGCUGCGCUACUCAUGCUCCGUGCCAGGGCACUGAAAGCAGCCAGAGGAGCUGCCAAAGUGGCAAAGGCUGUGGCAAAGGCAGCAGCAGAGCAGGCCUCUGACACAGCCGUGGUUCCUCCUCCACCACCACCAGCCACAACCAAAAAUGACGUGGAUCCACUUCGUCCCAUCCACCAGAGGGUGAUAGCAGUGAUUGCGACUCUGAUCCAGGCAGUAGCCUGCACCGUGUGGCUGAUAUUCUGCCCACCAUAUCCUGUCAAGAACACCGCAGUCCAGAACAUUAAAAUAAUCCUGGAGUGUGACCCAGGUAAUGUGAUCUUCAUCUGCUGCAUCUUUGCCUAUGACCUCCUUCUCGCCCUACUGACUUUCAUCUUUGCCUUUGUGGCACGGAAGUUGGAGGAUCAUUUUAGUGAGGCCAAAUGUGUGACCUUCAGCAUGCUGGUCUUUUUCAUCGUAUGGAUCUCUUUCGUGCCAGCUUAUUUGAGCACACGUGGUAAGUUCAUGGUGGCUGUACAGAUCUUCGCCAUUCUGGCCUCCAGUUUUGGCCUUUUGUUCUGCAUCUUUCUGCCGAAGUGUUACUUGCUGCUGGUCAAGCCUGAGAGGAACAAGGAGGAACUGAUGAAACCCCGCCCCAAACUCAGGGAUGGCACAGCAACAGGCACAUCUACUUCUGUUGCCACCACCAUCACCGACACCACCGGCAAUGGCACCAUAUCAACUGUCUGCGUGGAUGACUAG